CUCUUACUAUAUAUAUAUAGAUUAAUAAAUGAGUAAUCAAAGAAAAGAAAAUAAUAACCCUACACUACUCUUCACCAUUUUCACUCUGUCGAGCCUCCAGAUUUCUCCUUACAGGUUCUCUCUGCAAAAUCCGGUGUCAUCUCCGACGGCCACGGUGAAAGACGGUUCUUCACCUCUCUCUCGCUCUGUCGUUCUUUUUGCAGUUAAUAAUAUAAAGGAACAAAAAUAAAACAAAAAAAAAAAUGUUCUUCCACAUUGUAUUAGAGAGGAAUAUACAGCUUCAUCCACGACACUUUGGUCGUAGUCUGCGAGAUAACAUAGUUUCUAAGCUGAUGAAAGACGUCGAGGGAACUUGCAGUGGACGACAUGGUUUUGUUGUGGCAAUAACAGGAAUUGAGGAAAUUGGAAAAGGCCUUAUCCGUGAUGGUACAGGAUUUGUUACAUUUCCGGUAAAGUAUCAAUGUGUGGUUUUCAGACCAUUUAAAGGAGAGAUACUUGAAGCUGUUGUUAGUAUGGUAAAUAAGAUGGGAUUUUUCGCAGAAGCUGGACCUGUUCAAAUUUUUGUUUCAAACCAUUUGAUACCAGAUGAUAUGGAAUUCCAGUCAGGAGAUAUGCCCAAUUACACAACUUCAGAUGGAUCCGUUAAGAUUCAGAAAGAUAGUGAAGUGAGAUUAAAGAUAAUUGGAACAAGAGUUGAUGCUACAGAAAUUUUUUGCAUUGGUACCAUAAAGGACGACUUUUUGGGUGUGAUAAACGAUCCUUCGGCAACCUAAUGGCGUUUCUCCUAAACCCAGAAGAAAACUAAUUUAGGUAUCGGGUUGUUUGGCGAAAAGGAGUUGGAAUCGAAAAUGAAUCUGUGAUCCAUCAAUUUUCUGUGUUUGUAUCUAAAUUUAAAGUAUUGGAAUAACAUUUUCACCGUUUUGGGAGGAAUGGUUAUUCCAGUCCCAUAACAAAUGAAAAUGUCAUUUCAAUGCGCAGUUAAAAUAUAAUUAAUUAUUGUCCCCUGUUCUUUAAAUAUGUAAUUUUUACUGUAAGACUAAGGAGAUUAACUUAACUCGAAUCUACAUGACUAAAGUGUAAGCAUUUCUUAUUUGCUUGAGGAUAUACAAAAGAAAUUUCAGUUACAUUCUCAAA